AUGUCGACUCCGGCACAAGAGCCGCAGAAAAGAAAGAGGCUUAACUCAUUUGCGCAACAGCAACUCCGUCAUCAUUCCUUCCUUGGUCAUUCAUACCUAUUUGCAAAUGACGAACUUCGAGAACAUAACGAAGACAGAAUUCGAUUUAGUUCAGAACCUCAGAACAACUUACAACACAAAGAAAUGAAUGAUGAAUCAGAUCAAGAUUUUAUCAAUUUUUUUGAUAAUUUGCUAUCUCCAACACAGUUAGAUUUCUUAGGGGAAAGGAAUGAGAACUGGGAGCAUGAUCUCCUGCUACAACAGCAUAAUCAAAAUGUCAAACCUAACAAACGUCGUCAUUCUACUAAGUCUAAGGAAUACGAAAAUGAAGCUAGCCCCAAAAUAUCUGAAUUAAAAGAUGUUAGUGAAAUUGAAAAUAUUACUACCUCCACAGAAAUUUCGUCUUUUAGUUUUGAUCAUAAUAUUCUCGAUUAUCCACCACCAAUAAGAAAUGUUAGCAAUGAACGUUGUGUGCCAUCAGUGCUGGCAUUAUGUGCAAACAACACGAACACAUCGUGGACCAGUUCAAUGGCCACCGUAAACUUCGAACAACAACCCCAAAAUGACACAUCACUUUUAUCCUCUACUGUUCUUUCCAUGACCAAUAACUUAACAUCAACCAGUGCCACCGACCUACAUUUUGAUGAAUCUGCUGAUGUGAUGGUGGAACCCAUAAAUAAAAAUGACCAAAUUGUUUGUAAAAGUUCGUCUGAAAUUAAUAAUUAUAAAGAGCUAUUAAGAAAGGACAACACACCCACAAAACACUUGCAGAAUGAUGAUGCUCUGUCAUUAUUCUUCUCAACCCCCAAGCCCAAAUCUUUUAAAAAAUUAAAAAAGGCGCCAAAACGUAAGUCGACAAAUGUUAAGAAAAGAUCUUUUGAGGAAGAUUUGAAUGAGGAACUGAUGGAGUUUGGAGAGACUAAUCAAACUAAACAUAAUUUUUUAAUAUUCACAGACUCUAUUAAUGACACUGUCAAUAAUCGUGUUCUGGAUGAUUCAAAGAUGUAUGUUUCAAUCGAAAAUAAUGAUGAAAUUAUCAGUGAAAAAUGCAGUAAACAUAUUAACUCUGGAGGCAUUAAUUUUAGUCCUAACCUGAUGUCACCAAGAAAACCUAUAAAAAAAUUCACUAGCAACAUGAAUGUAGGCAUUGAUAGCAUCAUUGGCAACCGACAUGAUCACACUAGCAGCAUUCACGACAGCGACAUCAAUAAAGUGAACAAUUCACAUGACGACGAGCGAGGUAACAGCAUGAAUGACUCAAUGAAGGAUCUCAGUUUGUUGCAGAUUGGACGUAGGCUGGAAGAUACGAUAUCAAAUAGCAACAACUCUCAUCCCAUUCCAGCAUCUUCCAAUUCAAUGACGACGACAGAUCACUUAUGUAACAACAUCAACAACCAACCAAUCUCUUCAGUAAUGAUUCCAGGCAACGACAUGAAGCACACUUUGUACAAAACUCCAAGCUACAACAACCACAAAUCUAUGAAGGAGUCUUCGUUUGAAGUGCCUUCAACCAUCAAACAAAGCAAGAAGCAUCUGUUGUACCAUUCCACAGAGUCAUGCUCUCACACGUCGCCGUCAUCCUCGUCAACAUCACAUCCGACGAGACAAGUCCGUCUCCAGACAUCCACACCUAUCAGGUCUACGAAUGUCAAUCACCAUCGAACCAAACUCUUCUUCUCCACUGACAACAGCUCUGCACCAUUACCAACAUCAUCUUCAUCAUCAACUUUUACAUCAACAUCAUCAGCGUCUUCAUCCUCACCAAAAUCAACAUCAGCAGUUUCAGCAUCGUCAUUUUCAUCAUCUUCACAAUCCUUAUUGUUUAACACUACAGUUAUAAAAAAACUCACUGAGAACAGUCUGAGGAGCAACAGAGAUGAAGGAGAAGACAAGAGGGAUGCUACAUGUGCCAACACAUCUUCAACAAUUCAAAACGACAGCAAUAACAGCAACAUCAACAUCAGUAGUAAAUAUAAAACCAUUAAUUGCAUCAGUGAUAGCAUCAAUGCCAGCAAGGAAGUAACAAAUAAUGACUUGAGUAGUAACAGUAAUGACCAUGCCAGUAACAGCAAAAACUUGCUAACAUCAAUUCAAUGUGCCAGACAGAAAAAAUUUAUCUACCCAUCUCGAUCCCAAAUUGUCCAAUCCCAUCCAAGCAAUGUCUUCAAUCUCAACAGCAAUUACAGAACCAGAGAUACUAAUUAUUGUAAUGAUUCUUCUGUAAGUUCACUUUUCAACAUUCCUUUGGAGCCAGUAAGCAAAUGGAAGAAAGAGGAUUUAAGAAAGAUAACCCUGUAUGCUAAUUUGAGAAGGAUAAAUAUGGACGAUGACGUCAAGCUGAGAGCAGGCAACAUCAGCAGUCUUGUUAAUGUUGCAAGCUGUGACAAACAGGAUAUGCAUGAUGACAUUAACGACACCAAUAACAAUGGUGUCAAAAUCAAUAAUAUCAUUGAUUUCAAAGGAGUAUUUAAGGCUGCUAGUAAUGCUGACAGCAUCAAUUUUAAUGACACUAGUGCAGUAAAUGAUGAUAACAUCAGUAAAAACAACACCAAUGGUAGUAUUAACAGUGAUAAUGAUGAUGAUGUCAAAAGAGAUGUCAACAUCAGAGGCAGUUCUUAUCAUAAUUUCAGAGAGAAUUACACCACAACCUGCACUCACUUUCAAACUGACAAAAUGGACAUCAGUGUUGGCGAAGAUAAGGCUUCCUCGAAGAACUUUUCGGUUGAUAGUGUUAAAACCAACAACAAUAGCUCAGACUACAGCAGUUCAAAAUGCGGCAACAAUGUUAUCGAUUGUAAUAAGUAUGAGAUUAAUUUUAGUGUGAACAACAUCAAAAACAUUGCUCAAAUCACAAACAAUAACGCUACUAACAAUAUCAAUGACAAAAACUCCAUGAAAAACGUUAACAACAACAGCACCUACAACAAUAAAAACAACAAUGUCAGCCAUACAAACAGCAACACUAACACAUACAACAACGGCAACACAAACAACAACAACAACUCUACAGGAACUGGUUUCACAACAGCAAGAGGUAAAUGUUUAAGCCUCUCAGAUUGUAAACUUACAAAAGCUUACAAGCUAUUUGCGGACAUUUUUGAUGAUGACGGAGUUGCUGUUGACGACAACAACAACAUCAACAGCUCAACGAACAACAACAUCAACAGCUCAACGAACAACAACAUCAAUGAGACAGUUGCUGAUGACAUCAACAAGAGUACAACAAUUGGAUUUUCUCAACACGGCACAUUGCAGUCAAACGACGAAAUGCUUAAAAAUGGAAUAGAUAACUCGAACCCCAAGGAUUUGUUGCAAAUUUGUGAAAAUUUUACUGGCAACAUUUGUACCGACCACAAUAUGCAAUUGAAUAACAAUUAUAAAUAUAACAAUAACAGUAACAAUAAUAAUAAUAAUAAUAUAAAUAAUAAUGUGAACUUGAAGAGAAAACACCUCAGUGAUGAAGAAAAUGAUGUUGAUGUUGUUGUCACCAAAAAAUCAUUCAAGCCAUCUUACUCCGAUAAUGAUAACAUUAAAAAUAAUAAUAAUAAUAACAACAAUAAUAAUAAUAUUCAUAAUAAUAUUUAUAAUUAUUCUAAUGAUAAUAAUAACAUUAGUAAUAUUAACACAAAUCCGUCUCUCAGCUACGAACAUACCAUGACAGCACUUAGCAAUCAAAAUGACAACAGAAAUUAUGCUAAUAAUUAUGUUAAUAAUUAUAAUUAUGUUAAUAAUUAUAAUUAUGUUAAUAAUUAUAAUUAUAAUGAUGACGGAAUAAAGAACAAUGACGUUUCUAUGAUCCUUGAUUACAUUGCAAAUUCUGUAUUUGAUGAAUCCGUGAACACACAGUACCUAGGUAAUACCCACAGCAACAACUUCAACAACAACUUUGUUCCAACUGUCACUGCUACUGAUGACAGCUUGCACCAACAUGAUGAAGAUCGUAACAUUUCUGCUACUGAGGCUUUUGAGGAUGUUGCUAUUUUAAAUCUAGUAGCAGAUGAUGAUAAUGCAAAUUGUCAUAGCUGUGAUGAUGAAAACUGUAAUAAUGGUGAUGUUGAUAGUAUCAGUGAGAAUGUAGGCUGUGGAGAAAGUAAGGUCUUUGGAAUAAGCACAAGACCCGUUCUUCCAUCACCAAUGCCCAUUCUCGUUCAGGUAGAACCAUUUGGUUCUUCAGCUCAUCAUUGCAAAGAGGAUGCAUCAGUAGCUGUGGCAGUUGAAUGCAACACAUCUAUCUUAUCUGACGGCCCUCCCAUCUUGUCACCUGUCACUCCAUUUGCUUGCGGAAAUAAGGCUGCUGAUAAGUUGGAAUGGAAUGAGGAAUGUGGGGAUGAGUUGGUUGUAGGUGAAGGAAAUGCUAAGAUUUUAGAGAAAUCGGAUUGUGAAAAAACGCUUUUGAAAAACGACGAUUCUUAUCAGAGUAGUAACAUUGAAAGAAAUAAUACGUUAAGAAACAAUGAAUGUGAUGCUACAAACUGCAGGAAUCCUAACUACAGCACGCUAAAAAAUAGUUUUCAAGACACCAACAUCAACCCAAUCUAUUCAAAAGAGAGCCAGAAUAAAAAUCACUUUAAUAAUGGAAAUAGUUUGAUGUUCACCGGUUUCCAAAAAGCCAGUGGUGAAAAGGUGCAUAUUGAGAGGAAAUUUUUGCUAAAGGCUGAAUCGAUGAUGAAGAAUUGUCUUGUGGAUGAUGACGCUAAUUUGGACGUUAAGUUAAUCGCGAGUGGAGAACAUGGUGAUGUUGUCACUGCUCCGUCAUUUCCAGCCCUCACAUCCUCAUCCACAUCGGAUGCAACUAUGAAGACAAUUAUGAAUUCUUCAUCGUCAUUAUCGUCGUUAUCUGUGACGCCAUCUUUAUCAUCAUCAUCAUCAUUUGCAACGUCAUCAUCAUCAUCGUUGUUGUUGUCGUCUUGUUUUCAAACUGCGUCGGGGAAGAAAGUCGGUGUGAGUGACGGUGCUGUGGUGGGAAUGAGGGGACUGUUGGGUGAUGUUUUGGUGGAAAAUGACGACGAUGACGUCAUUAAUAAUAACAUAAAUAACCACAACGAUGAUAACCGUAAUAAAGAUAAUUUUAAUAGAACCAAAAAAGGCGAUAAUAUCCGAUGUAAUAACUUUAAUAAACCAAGGAAAUGGGAUCAAAAAUCAUCGCUGACAAUCCCAUCAUCAUCUUCUUUGAUUACAUCUAGUAUGACAUCAUCAAUUGCGACAUCAUCAUCAUCAUUAGCAUCAUCAUCAUCCUCAACAGCAGCAGCAGCAUUAUCAUCGUCGUCACUAUUUCAAACAGCGUCAGGAAGAUGUAUUGAAGUGAGUGAGGCUUCGUUAGCACAUGUCAAGUCGUUUCUUCGCGACGAUGAUGAGGAAGAUGAUAACGUCGCUAACGAUGAUGAUAAUAAUUACGUGACUAGAGAUUUUAACAAAUCUCAAAACAUGACGAGUUGCUCUAAAAUAAUUGGAAAAAAUGUUUCAUCACAAGCAAAAUCCAAGCCUUCGUUUAUAACAUCAUCAGCUUUAUCAGCAGCGUCACCAUCAUUGACUGCAACAGCGUCAUCAUCAUCAUCAUUUGUAGCAAUGACGUCAUCGUCAUUGGUUGCAACGACGUCAUCAUCAUCUUUAUCCUCACUGUUUCAAUCGGCAUCGGGUAGAAAGAUUGAAGUGAGUGAAGCUUCACUGUCGUAUGUCAAGUCCUUUUUCCGUGACGGUGAUGAUGAAAAUGAGGAUGAUGAUGACGACAACGUUGGUUGCGGGGAUGGUACUUUGAUGAAUGAUAAUGUAGACAAAAAUAAAGAUUUUGGUGAAAAGGAUACUAAAAUGUGUAAUAAUAUUUAUAAUAAUAUCAAUAAUCAUGGUGAUAAAAGUAACAAUAGUGAUGCUAAUAACAGUAAAAAUAAUACUAACAAUGGGGAUGGAAGUGAUUCUUCUAAGUCCUGCAAAAAAUAUAUCAUCAUUAGCGACAAUCGAACCGCCAAGAAAAGCAAUCUCCACCCAAGACAAUUUUCCAGCAACAUUUCUGGUAAAAAUUUGAUAGACAACGACAACACCGGCACAAGUAGAGUUAGGAGCACCGAACACAGCAAAAAGUUUGUCACUCCGUAUCGUAGCGCAACCACGUCUCAGCAACCGCAGUCGUUGCAAGCGAAAAAUCCUGCAGCAAUAACAAAAUUGUUGGAAAAUAACGAGCCUAGCGCUGGUAACAACACAUCAUCAACAGUUUGUCAGCCGGCAACACAGCAACCUACUGCAACAAAACUUGCAUAUAGAACAGCUGCAAUAACAACAAGUCAACGUCAACAUUUGCAGCAAGCUCGUGCACAACAACAAAACAUAAUGCAAUCGAAGAUACAAAACAACGACGUCCGGCAUCAGUUUGGUAGUUUGUACCAAUCGAAAAACAACAAAAACAUCACCAGGUUGUCGUUGCGUGAUUUCGUAGCAGAGUACAGCAACAACAACUGCCAACAACAACACAUCCACAACAGCGAAGACGACAAUUCUACUAUAUACAAAUUAGCGUUAGGCGUCAAUGCUAUGAACGCAGAGGACUUCAAAUUUCAUGUGUCCAUAUUCUGCAACGGUGAUGACGACGACGAUGUAAAUGAUGUAAAAUCUGGUGUGUACGAUGAUGAAAAUGAUGAAGGUGUUAACGAAAUGAGUGCUAACAAUAAUGAAACUAAUAUAUCUUUAAUAUCUUCUGCGUUAAAACAAACACCUGACGCGGAUGAAGACAAUGGCAGUACUUACAUAGAUAAGAAGAACAGCAGUAAUAAUACUGCAACCAACAGUUGUACCAAUAGUAGCACUAAUAGGUGGGGUGUGUUGAAGCUAGAAGACGGAGGAACAUUAGUUGCUGACGACGAUGGAUACAUCAGCAAGGUGGAAAUGUACCAGGCACUCCUAACUACCAAUGGUGUGACCCCGUCAAUGGUGACCAUAGAGUGGACAGCCAACCACUACAGGUGGGUAGUUUGGAAGCUGGCCUGCAUGUACAGGAUGCAUCCGGCUGUCUUUUGCGGUAAACGUAUGAUGUCGCCCCAGUACGUCAUGAAGCAACUCAAGUUUAGAUACGAUACAGAGAUACUGGCAUGUCGUAGGAGUGCCAUUAAGUUGAUAUGCGAACGAGAUGACUCGAGCAAAAAGGGCAUGGUGUUGUGUGUGGCUCACAUCACAAGGAAGAGUAAUAACAACGAUGGCGGGGAGGAAGAUGAGGAUGAUGGUAUCAGUGAUAGUAUGUUAGUCAACGAAAGCUGUUUACAAAGUUAUGGUAACACCAACAGUGGCUUUGAUAGAGCUGACGUUCGCGACAUCAAAACUAACAACAGUUACAUUAGCGCCAGUUACAUCAACAAUAAGACUGAUAUAAAGAGUAGCAGGUACGAGCUGUUGCUGACUGAUGGAUGGUACUGCAUGGAUGCAUUAGUUGAUGAUCACAUGGACACUCUUAUAAGCAAGAGGAAAGUUCAAAUUGGCACGAAGCUGUUCAUGGUAUGCAGUGAGUUGGCAGGCCCAUCUGAAGCAUGCUCCCCUCUCGAACAGCCCAACGGACUGGCCCUCAAAAUCUUCUCCAACUGUACGAGGAGAGCACGUGCAGGUUGUAAGUUGGGAUUUGUGACGCUAGCAUCGUCCAUUCCCAGGUGGCCCCUAUCUUCUAUGUCCGGCUGUGGUGGCAACAUCUCCUGUCUGGACGUGGUGGUCGUGCGGAGGUACCCCACCAUGUACCACGAGAAGUUUGUGGAGGGUGUGAAGGGGGUCAUGAGGUCAGAGAGGCUGGAGAGGAAGUACGAUCGCAUGUUUCAGAGGCAGAGAGAUAAGAAGAUGGAGGAGUUGUACAACAAGUGGCAACGAGAAUUUCUUGAGAAGACUUGUUGCGGUGAGAAGAAAUCAGGCAACAUCAACUUUGUUGACUCUCAAUACAACAUGGAUGGUGAUGAUGGUGGUGAAAUGAUGGUCAAACGGAAGGAAGAAAUGAACGCAUUCAUGGAGAUGAAGAUGAGAGGAGUGGCUGAUGAGGCUGGCAUGAAGCGGCUGGUGACGCCAAUGUUCAAAUGCAUCAUCAGAGGUUGUCACUGGAGGGAUAUUGAUGCUGCUUCAGAGGCUCAGUUAUCAGUUUGGAAUGUGAGUCAUGAAGUGAGUGAAUUGUUACAAGAGGGAACUCGAGUCCUUCUCUAUAACGUCAUUCCCAACAACAACAACAACAACAGUACCACUUUUCGUAAUAUAUAUAAAGACAGCAAUGAUUGGCCACUGCACUUGACCACUUCCAGAUUGACCCAGUACCACAAGAUGAAAAUUGACUCCAACCUGCUCAACCUCAUCUACACUCCUCGUUCCGUCACAAGGUUCAUAGACAUUCUACACGAAUUGUCACACAGUGAUUACGAUGUUGUGGGACUUGUUGUCAGGGUUACGAUGCAAAAUGAAGUGAAGCUGGAAAAUAAAAAUGUUCAGAUUGUUUACAUGGUGGAUGAGUGGGGCGGCUAUGGAGCAGUGGAGUUCUGGGGAGGUCUGUGUGCCUAUGGACUGGAUGGUGUCAUUCACCAAGGCAUUGUUAUUGGCUGUUGCAAUUUAAAAUCAAGAAAGAAUUCGUUAAAAUCUUCAACGGCUUUCAACAAGACUUUUUCAACUAGCUUUGACAAAGACAAAAGUCUCGUUAGCAAUAGCAGUUUUAAUGCUAGCAACAUUAGUCAUAACAACAGUUAUAAUAGUACGAUCAGAAAAAACAUCAGUGACGUCGCCAGCAACAACGUCGCUACAAACUCUGCAAUCGCAUCGUUACAAGCCACAGACGCAACUGACAUUUCAACAAACCCCUCGCACCGACAUCUCAUCAAUGGCAUCAACUCUAUGAAGGUGCUCGUCAAAAGUGACAAACAAUUUUUGCAGCGCCACCUUCAACACAUCAACAACGUGCUACUAAUGUCAGUGUCAACAUCAACAACAUUACCAUCUCUAUCACUGAUAUCCAGGAGCAACUCUGAGAAAGAGAACAAAGGAAAUGCAAAUGACAUCAAGCACGCCAUCUUCAAAAGUUAUAACAACAAAAGUGUUGCUGAAGCAAGAAAUUCCAACCAAAUUAUCGGAAAAAAAUUUCAAAACAUAAACAACAGCCUGCUGAAAGUUUGCCAUAAUAAUUCAUUCAACUCGCCAACGUCGGCAUCGUCAUUCAUCUACGAUGACGUCAUAUCCGCUUUUGAACAUGAUGACGAUGAACUCUAUAGGUCUAUAUGCACACAGCUUAUCAACAAUUCCAUCAAUAAUUUUAAGGAAAUUAAUUCUGGUGCUACCAACAAUGAUAAUAGCACUGAUGAUAAUAAUAACAAUAAUACUUAUGAUGAUAAACAUAAUGACAGUAAAUCUGACAUUAAAAACUGUACCCUCGAAAUAAACAGGUUCAAUGAGAUUAUUAUCUCCACGAAAGACAAUUCGAUAACUGAUAAGAAGGAUGAUGGCAUUGUUUGCGCCCAAUCAAAAGUCAACGACAGUAGGAGUACAGAAGACAGUACACCGGUUGUUAGUACAUACAAUAGCACACAGAUGGGGAACACAUCCAUGGAAAGAAUAACUACGUUGUCAUCACUACCCAGUGGCUUGAGAUCUGGCAAAAGAAAAGCUGUGUCCUCAAGUAAAUCAAGUAAGAGGCUCAAGAUCAAAAGAAAGCAUGACGAUGACAAAGAUGGUGAAAAUGAUGAUGACGCUCAGAAUGCAACUUCGCUAGAACCCACCUGCUUAUCAAGCACCCAGUAGAAUGUCACCCACCAGUGGAAAAGACGUUCAACUGAACAGAACAGUAUUUUAUUGAACAAACUAACUCGUCAGUUAAUAUUCCAACAAAUGCACAUAUUCCGGUGGCAGUUGAAUGUUUCAUAAAAAUGACACCGUUAAUGUAUUAACAUUUGCAAGUUGCAUUGUAUAAAAACAAGAUCAUUUGAUAUAUAUUGCUAUUUGUAGAUACACGGCAGAAUUAUUCCGAAAAUUUUGAGUUGCCUCGUUUGAAAUUUUCAUUAACACAUUUAUCAAAACGAAAUUUUAUUUUUCCAUUUGAAAUUUAUUAAUUUAAAAAUAUUGG